AUGAGGUCUAUGUCUCUCAACCACCAGGUUUUAUCGAUAAGGACCCGUCCACACCAUGUUUGUCGGUUAAACAAGGCUUUGUAUGGACUAAAACAAGCUCCCCGUGCUUGGUAUCAAGAAUUAAAGACCUACUUGCUUCGGAUGGGGUUUAGGAACUCUCUUGCUGAUACUUCGGUGUUCGCCUAUCUCAUUGGUAACGACAUUGUUUACACACUUGUUUAUGUCGAUGAUAUCAUUGUGACAGGAAGUUCUCAGUCCCUUAUCACCGGUUUUAUCGAUGCUCUGUCCACUCGGUUCUCUCUCAAGGCUCCCACUGAACUACGUUAUUUUUUGGGAGUAGAGGCUACGAGAACACCACAGGGACUACAUCUCAUGCAGAAACGGUACAUUCUUGACCUUCUUGUCAAGACUAACAUGUAUGACUCUAAACCGGUCUCCACACCAAUGUCACUGAAACCGAAGUUAUCCCUCUCCUCCGGCAAUCUCUUUGAUGAUCCAACCAAGUAUCGUAUGGUGUUGGGAAGCCUUCAAUAUUUGUCUUUCACCCGACCUGAUAUAGCCUAUGCGGUGAACAAAUUGUCUCAGUUUAUGCAUCGGCCUACUGAUAUGCAUUGGCAAGCUGCUAAACGGAUUCUCCGCUACCUGGUUGGAACACUCUCUCAUGGCAUUUAUCUUCGCCCUAAUGCCCCGCUUGCACUUCAUGCCUACUCCGACGCAGAUUGGGCCGGUGACACCGACGAUAUGGUAUCCACUAAUGCCUACCUUAUCUAUCUUGGUUCUGCUCCGGUUGCUUGGUCCUCUAAGAAGCAGAAAGGUGUUGCUCGCUCAUCUAUCUCUAUCUAA